UCACGAGAAAAAAAACCGAUUUUCUUCCAAGGAGUGUUUCAUCCUCUAAAAGUGAAAACGGGCACAUAUAAAAAAAAAACGUGUCCCUUAUUUUUAUCUGUACUACAACUCAUUAAAGGCUCGUCAAAAUCAAAGGGGAACUGUGUCGCUUUUCUUAUGUCUCUUCAGUGACAGCUUUCCAAAUAAUAAUAUGACGGAAGGUACCGGUCUGAUAAAAGCACUUUACUCAUCAACGUGUUGCGCUACUGUCGCUGUUAUUGCUGCUGCUCCGGAGGACAUCUACGUCAUUUGCGAAAGAGGGAAAGAACCACGGUUGCACUGCACAUUCAUCGUGCUGUAGAUAAGAAUUGCCAUUCCACACACGGUGUUCGAGCAGUGUCUCGUUAACUUGCAUCGGAGCCUAAUCCAAUCUAUUCGCCGUUUGGUUUCCUCUAUUUUUUUCCGUUCUUGAUUACUUUGUAUUUUCUCACACCUUAAAUUACAUCAAUUACUCAUAAUCUAUUGUUUUACAUGGUAAUUUGAUACACAGAACGGUUUUUUUGUAUGAGGAUUGCACAAAAGAUUUUAUAAAUGAUAAUUGGCUUCAUCACUAAAAUAAUUAAUAUAUUGUAACAAGAAUUCUAUUAGUGUGGUUCAAGACGAUCUUCGAAUUGCUCAGUUGUUGUAAGACCGCGAUCAAGAAUAGUUAUACGCCGCCGACUACUCUAAUUAGGCCAGAGGCAAGAAGAUUCUGAUCGAAAUUUGGUGAUUUGGAUUGAUUUUAUUCUCCAUUUUUAUAUUUACAAAAUCAGGCAACGAGAUGUCGUACAUCGUGGAGUGGUACAGAGAUUUGAUGGACAACAAACGUGAUCCGAGAACACAUGAGUGGUUUUUAGUGUCUAGUCCUGGUCCAAUUUUGACGAUCAUAGCGACAUAUAUAUAUUUUUGCGUUUCCGCUGGGCCGAGAUAUAUGAAGGAUAAGAAGCCGUACGAAUUGAGAAACACUUUAAUAAUUUAUAACUUUAUUCAGGUUCUGUUAAGUUUUUACCUGUUUUACGAAGGCUUGAUGGCUGGUUGGUUGUACGAAUACAAUUAUAUUUGUCAACCAGUUGAUUAUUCAUAUAAACCGAGUUCAAUGCGGAUGGCCCGAGGCGUUUACACGUACUUCAUAUGCAAACUGAUCGAGCUGCUUGACACAGUUUUCUUCGUUUUACGUAAGAAAGAUCGACAGAUCACGUUCCUGCAUCUUUAUCAUCAUUCGCUAAUGCCGUUCUGCGCCUGGAUCGGUGUGAAAUUUGUUGCCGACGGUCAUCCGACUCUUCUUGGAGUCAUCAAUGCCUUCGUCCACAUCAUUAUGUACACCUAUUACAUGCUGUCUGCGUUCGGGCCGCAAAUGCAGAAGUAUCUUUGGUGGAAAAAGCAUCUGACCACCAUACAGAUCGUGCAGUUUGUUAUAGUAUUUUGCCACAAUUUUCAAAUGCUGUUUACUAGCUGCAAUUUCCCAAAGAUUUUGUCCUUCUUGCUCGCACUUAACUCCGGCUUAUUCAUGUAUAUGUUCGGAACGUUUUACAUAAAUAAUUAUUUAAAACCGAACGUGCGACGGGAAUUAAAGAUUAAUGGUGCUACCAAUGGCGCUGAUAGUGUUUAUGGUGUCAUCAAUACAUUCACGAAAGAGUUAGAUUGUAAUAAAUCUGAUUAAAGAAUUUAUCGCGGAGCCUUUUCGGCUAAGCACUGUGAGAGCAGAAGAAUGAUUUUUCAAGAUUUUUUUAAAAAUAGUGGUAGUAGGUAGAAUAAAGAGUAGAUUAGAUUUUUGUAGCGUAGAUGUAAUAACAUGUUACAUAAGAUAACGCGGCGUUAUCUCAAUUUUAGCAUUGUUUUGUCGAUAUUUCUGCAAAUUACAAAAAGAGAUUAACGCGUAGGUAAGAAAGGUGUUUAGCAGUAUAAAUAAAUUUGACUUACUUGUAAUCAAGCUUACAAGCGAUCUUUGCGCGGACUAUACGCAAUGUAUUACAGAAGAAUUGAUUGUUUAUACUCUUGCAAAAUUUAUCGACGUCUUUCGAAGAUGCAAAACGAUAUUAAUACAAUCUUGCAUGAAAUGUACGACUAGUAUGAUAAGCUUAAUGACGAUGAAUAAAUGGAUCGAUUUUGGUUUCCGGAGUAGCAAAUAAAAACGGUAUGUUUUCUUAUGGUUUUAGAACUGUUAAAUCUGAUUUGGCUCUUUUAAAAAUUUUAAUUUGCCUGGAAAAUAAAAAAUUAGUAUAUGAAGUUAUUUUUUAAAACAAAAUAUUAAUUAUUAGAGACGAGAAUAUUAUCAUAUUGAAGAAACAUAGGAAAACACGACGUACGUAAAGCUCAAAAAUAGUAAUUUACAGUACUAUAGAUGUUUUAAUAUCUAUAGCUAUAGUUUCAAGAGUCAAAAAAAAAGUUCUGUAAAAUCAUAAUACAAACCUAUGAAAUGUUGAACAUUACAAAAAAAUUACAAAAAUGAUUGUAUAGAUAAAUUUUUGAAUUAUUUAUAAGAUUUAGAUAAGACAAAAAGGUUUGGAAAUAAUCAGGCGCGAGAAUUGAUUACAUAGAUAAAAUAAUAAAAUAAUCAAGAUAAAUAAUUCGAUUUGAUUUGAUUUAAAAUCGAAACAGUUUUUUUUAAAUUUUUUAAAGGUUAGAAUCAGAUAAAGCAGUUUAAAAAGUACAAAAAAACCUACCAUUUUUAUUUGCCACUUUGAAGAUUAAAAUCGGUUUAUUUUACCCGUCCUGUAUUUCAAAUUUUGUCAAGAAAUUUAUUUUCGCAUGAUAUAGUUAAACUGGGCAUUUCAAGUUUAUGUUUUAAAUUUUACUAAUGAGAAUACAGAGAAACUCAUUUUAUCUAUGUUCUCAUUAUGCAAGGGUAUAUUUGCAAAUUUAUUUUUAUAUCUCUUUUUAUAAAAUAAAUGUAAAGAAUAAAUGAAGCAUCUGAGGCAAUAACCUUUGAUAAAUAUUGUAUUUUGUGUGUAUUUACAUGUAUUUUUGGAGAAAAAUAUAAAAAUAUAUAAAA